UUCGCCGGCUGCAUUUUGUUUUGGUUACGUGCAAAAUGUUGCGUGCUUUUCAUUGUCGCCUUGCGACUCGUCUUUACUCUGUGAAAACUGCCAAGAAAGAUGUCCAGAAAUACACGGACACGAUAAAUCUGCCCCGAACCAGGUUUCCAAAUCGUCUGACUGCUGCCAAACGCGAGGAACAGGAACGACAAAUCCUUGAUCAUAAGAUUGCAGCUGCUUAUCAGUACCAGGAGCAGCACAAGCGUAAGCCAACCUUUGUGCUCCACGAUGGACCGCCCUAUGCCAACGGGCAACUGCACAUGGGACACGCCGUCAACAAGAUCCUCAAGGAUAUCACAUUGCGUCAGCGUGUGGCACAUGGUCAACAGGUGAACUACAUACCUGGCUGGGAUUGCCACGGUCUGCCCAUUGAACUGAAGGCCACGAAUGCAGCGUCUGGCGAACAGAAGCCACUGGAAAUCCGCCAGAAAUCACGUGCCUUUGCCCUGGAGGCAAUUAGAUCCCAGAAGGAGGAAUUUCGCAGCUGGGGCAUCUUGGCCAACUGGCAGCAGGAUGACUUCUAUCUGACAUUUAAGCCAGAAUUCAUUGCCAACCAGCUGCAGAUGUUCCACAAUCUGUUCGAGCGUGGUCUGGUCUACCGAGAUCUCAAGCCCGUCUACUGGUCACCCUCCUCCAAAACUGCGCUGGCAGAGGCGGAACUGGAGUAUGAUGCCAAUUUUAUCAGUCCCUCGAUUUAUUUGCGCUUUCCCUUAAAUGGCUUGACUUCCUCGGAAGCCACUAAGGGCAAGCAAAUCUUUGCCUUGGUCUGGACUACAACUCCCUGGACAUUGCCCAGCAAUCAGGCCAUCUGUUACAAUAGUUCCUUGGAGUAUGUGCUGGUCACACUAUCGAAUCGCAAUCCGGAUGAGCUUUAUCUAAUGGCCUCAGCUCUCGUGACGGAUUUUGAGGCGACCACCCAGUUGCAGUGUGAGAUUGUGGAGAGAUUUUUGGGCUGUGACUUGAGGAACUGCAGCUACCAACAUCCCAUAGACAAAACGCAGACAGCGCUGCCCUUUUUCGAUGCCAGCCAUGUGCAGGAGAGCAAGGGCACCGGUUUGGUCCACACGGCGCCUGCUCACGGUCCUGAUGACUUUCUAAUCAGUUUGGCCAACAAGUUGCCCAUCAAAUGCUACGUAAAUGAGGCGGGCAUUUAUACGGAUGAGGCGCCUGCCUUUCUGCGUGGACAGUCUGUGCUGGGAGGGGGCAAUUCCCUGGUGCUGCAACACAUAGCUGAGGAUGUGGUGCACGCCUCGCAGCUCCAGCAUUCUUAUCCCAUUGACUGGCGCACUAAGCAACCAGUCAUUAUACGUGCCAGUGAACAGUGGUUCAUCAAUACGGAUAAGCUAAAGGCUCCAGCUGCUGCUGCCUUGGAGCAGGUGGAGAUUUAUCCGCGUGUCAAUGCCGAGGCCAGCAAGAAGGCAAUGCUGACACAGCUGCACAAGCGUCCCUAUUGGUGUAUAUCACGACAGCGUGCCUGGGGCGUUCCCAUUCCUGUGCUCUACAAGAGGAACAACAACCAGGUGGUGCUCAGUGCUGCACUGAUCAAGCAUAUCUGUGGCUUGUUGCACAGCGAGGGGUCCAUGGACUUUUGGUGGUCCAAGCCACUGGAUGAGUUGUUGCCCAAGGAGCUUCCAAAGCAACUCGGCUGCAAGGCAGAGGAUCUGAUCAAGGGCAGCGAUAUCUUUGACAUAUGGUUCGAUUCUGGCAGCACUUGGUCGGCGGUAUUGAAGGGACCACAACAAGUGGCUGAUCUCUAUCUGGAGGGAUACGAUCAGUUCACCGGCUGGUUUCAAUCCUCGCUGCUAACCAGCAUUGCGGCACGGAAUUGUGCGCCCUACAAAGCGCUCUUUGUGCACGGCUUUACGGUGGACGAGAAGGGACACAAGAUGUCCAAAUCAUUGGGAAAUGUCAUCUCACCCAAGCAAAUAACCAAGAAGUACGGCACGGAUGUCCUCCGCUGGUGGGUGGCUUCCCAUGGCACCCAGCACAUGGCCAUUACUGUCAGCGAUCAACUCUUGCAGCAAUCGGCAGAGAAUCUGAGCAAAGUUCGCAGCACAUUGCGUUAUCUGAACGGUGUUAUUAGUCAGCAGAAGGAACUUGAAGAGGAGCAGUCUAUAACUAAGCAGGAUGACAGCUAUUUGAACAAGUAUCUAUUGCACCAUCUAUUGGGAUUUGAAGAGGAGAUCGAGAAGCUCUACAAUGCCUAUGAGUACAAUCGUGUUGUGUCCAGCAUACAGAAUUUCAUAGCGAAUCAAGUGUCGGGCAUUUAUGUGCAUCUGAUCAAGGAUCGUCUGUACUGUGGGGAUGAGCGGGAAUUGAAAGUCAUUCGACACACGCUCACCCAAUGCUACAGGCAGCUUUGCAAGGCGCUGUGGCCCAUAGCUCCCUAUCUGAUUGAGGAGAGUUGGAGCUAUUACGAUGCAACUGGUGGCGCCUUUCACGAGCAAACAGUGCAGGCUCGCAAGGAUUGGCAUAACCUGGAGGCCAGUGAGGUGGUAAAUACAGCAUUGGAUAUCAAACGCAUUAUUAACCAGCAGGCGGGUGAUGUCAAUAGCUGGAAUCUCGCAGUGAGCAUCGAUUGCAACUCAAAGCAACAAUUGGAGCAGCUGUGUGCUUUACAUGGAAAGUUGAAUGUGCCCGUGACCAACUCGGAACUCUGCGAGAUUCUGCAAGUGGGAAGCGUCUUAUUGCGGGCGGAGGUGGCAGCUGGAGCGGAUGUGGCACAAGUAAAGCUAGACAGCUCCAAGGCGUCACUUUGUCCUCGAUGUCGUCGCUUUGGCAUUCUGGAGCAGGAGAUUUGCACACGCUGUGCUAAUAUUUUGGCUGCUAAGCAAUAGCUAAAUAAUUAAUUGUUGUUUUAUAGA